CUAGUAUUCAGACGCUUUUACCAUUAUUUAUCAGAAUUAUUUAUAUUCUCUUGUAUAAGGGAGAAAUUUAUCAGAUAUAUGGGAUGUGACACAGAAGGCUCCCGUUGUAAAUGUGACCUACCCCAGGAACAAAUCCAUAAUUUUGGAUAUGGAGUCAAUUUUACCCAACUUUAUUACAUCAGCCGAGGAUAUGGAAAUUAUUAUGGAUGUUCCUAAAGAGUUGUGGACCAUAAAUGAUUUGCAACGGCAAGAAAGUGAUAGAGCAGAGCAGUACCUGUCUCCAACAAUAAACCCUAUGUGGAUUUCUUCAAAGCAACAUGAUUUCCCAAAGAAAACAUCACAGGACAUUACUAAAAAAGAGCAGGAGGUUCAACCAUCAGACCUUCAUCCAUGGACAUCUGAACCCCCUUUAAAAGGUCAAAGUAGUAUAUUAACUAAAUUCCCUUCUUGGCAGCAAGGCUUUGCUUUAAAAGGGGAUGAUGCUGUACCUACCAAAACACAUCAGUCAGUGGAUAUUUUCCUACCAAAAGGUCAACAUCAGUCUUCUGACACAAUUCCUUUAUUUCCACUUAAUGUUUUAAAAGGACAUAACAUUUCAUUUUCCAUUCAAAAAACUAAAGAUGCAUAUCCACUUAAACUUCUAGGAUGGACUUCACUGGUCCCCUUGGAAAUGCUAGAAAGACCUUUCACAAUGAUACCAUUAUGGACUGAACUUCAUUCUGAAACCUCUACUUUUAAAAGGGUAUCUGCGUCUAGAGUUGACUCUUCAAACAUACAGGAGGACACUAUCUCAGAAAUGUCAUCUUUAAUUGAAUACAAUAAGUCCUUACGAAUACCUAGUCUUCCACCACUCAUGAUUGCAACUGUUGUUAAAACAAUAACUCCAUUGAUUCAUGGCACCUCCUCAGUUUUAAUGCCCACAAUAUCAAAAAGUGUUAUUUUGGGUAAAGAAGAAAGGUCUACAAAAACGUUUUCAUGGACAUCAUCUGCAACAAGAAGAAAGCAUGAGAUGCCUUCAGUUAUUCAGAGCUCUUCAAUUCCAAUGUUAUCGGAGACUCUCCUGCCUCAAGUACAGUCGGUAUCAGUCGAUGGGCACAAAGCGUUACUUAGCGCCCACAUGCAGUCAACUUUAAAGCAAAAAUGCCUUGCAAAAAUCUGCAAUUCAAUCAAAAUUCCUGAAGAAAUUAUUGGAGAUGAGAGGACUUAG